AUGAAACGCCACCACCACUUCUACUACUUGUUUUCUUCCUCCGAAUUAAAUAAUAACGAUUCAAGUGAAGAAUCUAGAGCACGAAUUUCUUCAAGCCUUAUUCAUCAACAACAAAACACAUCCUCUCUCUUCUCUCAUUAUCAAACAAUCCUUGUACAUAUUACAUCCUCUCUCUUUCAUCAUCCUUCUUCUGAAACACUCACUCAAUUGUGGAAGGAACAUCCAAUUCCACUCAUUCUCAUUGGUUUUCCACUCAUCAUUCUUUUCCUAUUCCUGGUGGCAUUCCUCAUCAUUAACGCCUUUCGACAACUCCGAAAGAGUGGGUGGUUGAUUCGACAACAACAACAACAACAACAUGCAACCACUUUGGCAUGGUUUGGAGGAAGAGGUCAUCCAUCAACAGGAGCAACAUCAGGAGGAUCCUCAUCACCAUCACCAUCCUCACCAGAUGGAAUUGUUGUUGUGAAUCAUCCACCAACAUCACCACCCAAUCUCGACAAGAUCUCAACACUACGUACUGGCACAGAUCCUUCUUUAAAACACGAAUUUGAUCAAACAAAUCAGGAUGAUGAUGAAGAUGAUCAAUACAAUAUUUAUCAUAACAAUCUUGUCGUGCAUUCCACCUAUUCUUCAUCUGGAUCAAACUCUUCAAAUCUUUCAAUGGGAAAUCAAUCAAUGUUACGUGAAAUUGAAGAGAGAAUUGACGAACCUCUUUCCGAACAAGAAUUACUCUCUCGAGUUGUCAUGAAGAAGAAUUCACUCUCUACUUUUCCUUCUCAAACAACAACAACAAGAAUGAGAACAUUUAAAACCUACUCGAGUUCAGACGAAGAAGAAGAGAUGAAUCAUCAUCAUGCAGACAUCUCACCCUCAUGGUUCAAUCACACAAAGCCCAAGAGCAAAGGUCGAAACAACACACCACCACUGCGUCGAACGACGACUACGAAUGAAGGUGAUGAGGACAAGCAAUAUUCAAAGACAGUUUUGGACUCUGACGCAGAGCGAAACGGAACAAAAAAUAUUUCGCAGCAACUCUCUCAAGACGCGUCCAAAACAUCUCUUUCCAACAACAACAACAACAAUACCACCACUGCCUCACUCACUACCCACCACCAUCAUUCGCACCACCACCACCACCACCACUACUCAUCCUUCAUCAUGUCAUCAACAAACAAUGUCCCACAACUCUAUACGAAAAGUAGUGGAAAUGAUCCAAAUGAUCCAAUGAAUCUCUACGAUACAGUGGCCCCAGAAUUAGGAGUCGGAUUGGAACGAUGGAAAGCUAUUAGACACGCGUGGGUGACCGGAGAGUUUUGUAAAGAUAAGAAAACAAUCUCAGCGCUGAAUGACUCUCGUGAAGACCACAGAGAUUCGGUCGAUGUUGAUGCCAUUGUUGAACAUUUGGUCAACCCGAAAAAACCAUCCUUUCAAAAGCCAAUACCACUCAAAGAAAUGAUACAAAUAUUAUUAGAAAUUUGGGAAUCCGAUGGACUUUUUGAAUAG